AUGGUGUCAUCAUCUCCCUCUCGUGGUAAUUGUGGCCAUGGCUUUGUUCGUCACAGAAUCUGCCUCGCCUGUAAAAAGAAGCCGCGCUCUGUCGAAGGCCGAGCAUUCGAUUAUCUUUUUUCCGGUUUACAUCUGAGCCACGAAGCUAUAUCUCUUACAAAGCAUCUCACAACCCUAAUCUCAAUUUACAGACACAAGAAGCUUUACUUGGUCCUUGACUUGGACCACACGCUAAUCCACUCCGUUAAGGUUUCAAAUCUUUCUAAAGCAGAGAAGUGUUUAGUCAAAGCAGAUGAAUCAGGUUCAAUGAACAAUCUAGGGAGGUACAAGGACAGGUUAGUAAAGCUUCGACCUUUCGUUAACGAGUUUCUUGAAGAAGCCAACAAGUUUUUCAACAUGUAUGUUUACACCAAAGGAAAAUAUGAAUACGCUCAAGCUAUUGUGAGAAUGAUUGAUCCGAACAAAGUCUAUUUCGGGGAUCGAGUGAUAAGCAGACAAGAGAGUCCUCACUGGAAGACACUUGACCUUGUCUUAGCUGAUGAGCGUGGAAUCUUGAUUGUAGACGAUAGGCUUGAUGUUUGGCCUGAUCACAAGAGAAACUUGUUGCAGAUCACUAGGUACUCCUUCUUCAAAUACGAUCGCGGAAACAAAAAGGCCAAAUCAUCCUUAGCUGAGGAGAAGAAAGACGAGAGUAUAAAAAGAGGAGCAUUGGCGAAUCUUCUGAAGUUCCUCAAGGAGAUUCAUAAUGGAUUCUUUAGCUGUGGAGUUGAAGAAGAUUUGGAUUCAAAGGAUGUUAGGUCGUUGAUAAAGGGUCACUUCAUUCCAAAGCGAUGUUGA